CCAACGAAUACGGGGAUGGCGUCGAUCGAGGCCGAGUACCGACACGUGUACAUGGCCGACGCGCGCAGCAACGCCGCGCUCGGCUACGCGACCAACUACGUGCGCACGGCCAAGUACUCGGCGUGGAGUUUCCUCCCGCUCUUUCUUCUGGAGUCGUUCCAGAAGGUCGGCAACGGGUACUUUCUACUUGUCGCUGUCCUUCAGUGCAUCCGCGCCAUCAGCAACACGCACGGCGUGCCCGCGACCUUGCCGACACUCACCUUCAUCCUCUGCGUCGACGGCACAUUUGCAAUCCUCGAAGACCUCACGCGCCGCCGCGCCGACCGCAUCGCCAACAGCCGCGCGACGCGCAAGCUCGUGGAGGCAGCCGACGCCUUUCUCGACGUCGCGUGGGCCGACGUGCACGUGGGCGACAUUCUCGAGAUCCGCAACGACGAGCCAAUUCCCGCCGACGUCUUGCUGCUGAGUGUGCCACCAAGCGACGAUGGUGGGAGCAGUAGCAGCACAUGCUUUGUCGAAACAAAGUCGCUCGACGGCGAGACGAACCUCAAGCAGCGCCAAGCCGUGCCGACGACGCAGCACGCGACGACGCCAGCGCUGCUCUCGGCCUUGCGCGGCCACGCGACCGUCGAGCGCCCGAAUCAUUGCAUCCACACCUUUCAAGGCGUCUUGCAUGUGGUACAGGCUUCGAACACGACGCCGGCCGCCUUAUCGAUCACCAACAUGCUCCUACGAGGGUCCACCUUGCAGAGCACGGCACGCGUCUAUGGCCUCGUGAUCCACACGGGCAUGGACACGAAGAUCGUCAAGAGCAAUCGACCGACGCCGUCCAAGCGCAGCGCGCUCGAGCGACGCAUCAACAUGUAUGUGCUCACGCUCGUCGGCCUCCUUCUCGUCUUUUGCGCGAGCGCCGCCACUGCCAGCGUCUUCUGGACGGCCUCGGCGCAGUCGGUAACGUACCUCGGACCGAACUUGCAUGCGAGCUGGGUCGUGACGUUCUUCUACUACUUUCUACUCAUGUACCAAUUCGUGCCGAUUUCGCUCUACGUGUCCAUGGGGACCGCCAAGUUUGUGCAAGCGAGGUUCAUCGAGUGGGACCAAAGCAUGUACCACGCGCGUAGCAAUACACGCGCCGUCGUGCGCUCGAUGGGGCUCAACGAAGACCUCGGGCAGAUCUCGCACCUCGUGACCGACAAGACGGGCACGCUCACGUCCAACAUGAUGCAAUUUCGCAAGUGCAGCAUCAGAGGCGUCGCGUGCGGCGCGCGCUGCGACCGCCCCCAACCGAUCAAGCGCGCCUCGACCAAAGUCCACGUGCCCGUCUCGUCGCCGCUGGACGCCAGUGCGCUGGUGGACCUGGCCAGCAGUACCCACAGCCCCGACGGCCGGCGCUUCUUCAUACUGCUAGCCGUCUGCCACACGGUGCUGCUUGGUGGAGACGGCGCGUACUCGGCUGCGUCGUCGGACGAGCUCGCGCUCGUGCUCGGGGCCAAAGCGGUCGGCGUUGUCCUUACGUCGCGGUCGCCGACGACCAUGGGCAUUACGGUCCGCGGCGAGGAGGUACGAUUUAGCAUUCUAGCGGUUCUGGACUUCGACUCGAACCGCCGACGCAUGUCGAUCGUGCUGCGAAACAUCGCCAACGACACGAUUGUGGUCUACACCAAGGGCGCCGACGUCAACGUUUCGCCCAUCUUGCGCGCACCACGGGAUGAGGACGCGGCGAAUAUGCGCGCCAACACGAUGCGGCACAUGCAAGACUAUGCUGCCGAGGGUCUCCGGACGCUCCUCUGCGCCUACAAGAAAGUGGACGAAGCGUGGUACCUCGACUGGGCCCAGCGGUACGCUGCUGCGACGCAGUCGCUGCCAGACGUCGACCGGCGCCAAAAAGGUCUUCCCAACCGCAUCGACACGUGCAUCGCUGAGAUGGAAGCGGACUUGGAGCUCCUGGGCGCGACAGCGAUCGAAGACAAACUGCAAGAUGGCGUGGGCGAGACGAUCCAGGCGCUCCGGGCCGCCGGCAUCAAUUUAUGGAUGCUCACCGGCGAUAAGGAAGAGACGGCCAUCAACAUUGGCCGCGCGACGCAUCUCAUUUUGCCAGAAAUGCGCUGCGUUGUCGUCUCGGAAGCCAACGCAACGUCGGCGGCGCUCGCAUUGACCGAGCUCACGGCACUCAAAGCGCAGCUCGAGGCCCGGGGCGCCACCACCAUCGCGCGCCACUCGCCACCGCCAGGCCGCCGCCGCACCACGAGCGCGGCCCGCUCGGUCACAGACUGGUCCAAGUCCCGCUGGACGUUGACAGUAUCGCGGAUAUCGAUUCGUGCGCCGUCUGUCGCUACUGAGACGGGCCACGCGCUGGUCAUCACGGGCGCCGUGCUCGACCACGUGUUUUCGAAUGCCGCGUGCUCCGACAUGUUUGGUGCUGUCGCCGAGCGCUGCUCGACCGUGAUCGCGUGCCGCGUGUCGCCGGCGCAAAAAGCCAGCCUCGUGCGCCUGCUCAUGCGCUUGGACCCAACGAGCCGCGUCUUGGCGAUCGGCGAUGGCGCCAACGACGUGCCGAUGCUCCAAGAAGCCCACGUCGGCGUCGGUAUCUCGGGCCAAGAAGGGCUCCAAGCCGUCAACGCCAGCGACUAUGCGAUCGCGCAGUUUGCCUAUUUGCGGAAUCUGCUCCUCGUGCACGGUCGCUCCAACUACGAGCGCGUCUCGAAACUCGUCCUGUACAUUUUGUACAAGAACAUUCUUUUGAUUGCGGCGCAAUUCUGGUUUGCGCUCGGGACGGGCUUCUCGGGCCAGAAAAUGUACCUCGAAGUCGGUGUCCAGCUCUACAACGUGGUCUUUACGUCGCUGCCCAUCGUGCUCCUGGCGGUCAUGGACGCCGACGUGCCGCGAGACCUCGCGUUGCAGCUGCCCAUGGCGAUCGGCUCGGCGCUCGUCGAGUCGCUUUGCCUCACGAGCUGUGCGGUCGCUGCGCUGGAGACGAGCGAUGUGCACGGAGCGUCGCCCGGGCUCUGGCUGCUUGGCAUGGUCGUGCUCACAAGCGUCAUCUUGCUCGCGAACCUCAAACUCGUGUGGUGGCAGCACGCGAUUCUGCCGGCCAAUGCGAUCGCGUAUCUCUCGUCGAUGGGGCUCUGGGGCAUCGUGGCCGUUCUCUGCUCGGACUGGUUCUUGGUAUCGGGCUUUGCAUGGGACCACAUGAUGAGCGUUGGGACGUCGCUGCCUGCUGUGUGGCUCACAUGGCUCUUGGUGGUGGUCACGCUGCUGCUGAGCACGACCGUUGCCCUCCGCGCGUGUGCAACCAUGGUCUACCCAACGUGCAGCGACAUUGUCAAGGAGAUUUAUGCAUCCCACAUGCCCAACGCUGACCUUGGCGGUCCCUGA